UAUGAAUUAAUAGGUUGCAUAAGAAAAUUAAAAGGAAAAGAAAACGACGAUGUCAAAGUCCGAUUGUUAGAAACUAUGGCUAUUAGGCUUACAGAAAGAUAUUCAGUCAAGACCUUUUAUGCUUCCCCCUUCUCUAACAGCAUGGAUGAAAUCACCUCAAGAGAUUUAUGCGAGAAGAGUAAGUCCCUUGUAAAACGAUUGAAUAAUGUUUCUGGAAGUGUUCAAGAUACGAUGAAUCAUAUCAAAGCAGCCAAUACUAAUAUUUGUUUGAUUGUGAUAGACUUUGCGGGUCUAUCAAGAGAUAGCGAAGAUAUACGAUCCUUUAAUUACUCUUUUAGAUCUCACCCGAAGUUAAAAAAAAUAUCAGUGGAUCGUUUACCAAUAAAAAACAUGGUCACAACAUAUAACAAAGAAGAUAUACUACUUGAUCACAAAUUCAUGAAGAAUUUUGAUUGCAGAAAGGCUCCAAUACAAAGAUGUCUAUAG